UCUCAGGGCGCAUGCGCGCGGCGAGUGCGUGUGCUCUUUCCUCCUCCCCAAGAUGGCGGCGGCCACCAGCAGCGCGGCGGUUUGCGGCGACGGCCCCUCCGGGGGCGGCAAGAGGGCGCACCUGGGCAUCCCCGAGGCGGUCUUCGUGGAAGAUGUCGAUUCGUUUAUGAAACAACCAGGAAAUGAGACAGCAGACAUAGUGCUGAAAAAGCUGGAUGAACAGUAUCAGAAAUAUAAAUUUAUGGAGCUUAACCUUGCCCAGAAGAAAAGAAGGUUAAAAAAUCAAAUUCCUGAAAUUAAGCAGACUUUAGAAAUCUUAAAACACAUGCAAAAGAAAAAGGAAUCUACGAACCUGAUGGAAACCAGAUUUUUAUUGGCAGAUAACCUUUACUGUAAAGCUUCUAUUCCUCCUACAGAUAAAGUUUGUCUCUGGUUGGGGGCCAACGUAAUGCUGGAGUACGAUAUUGAUGAAGCCCAGGCAUUGCUAGAAAAGAAUCUCUCCACAGCUACACGAAACCUUGAGUCUCUGGAGGAAGAUUUGGAUUUUCUUAGGGAUCAGUUCACAACUACAGAAGUCAAUAUGGCUAGAGUUUAUAACUGGGAUGUAAAACGAAGAAACAAAGAUGACCCUUCCAAAAGCAAAGCAUAGUUCUUCCAGUUUUAAAUGCAGUUUUGAUUUUCAAAAUAUUUUCUUAUUUUAAAAUAGCCUUUUGGUUCAGCCCACAGCGGACUGAGUUUAAUUUAAUCAUUCAGCCAAGUAACAUAAAAACGUAAAAAACAA